AUGUCUCAGACUAACUGGGAAGCUGAUAAAAUGCUGGAUGUGUACAUCCAUGAUUAUUUAGUGAAGAGGGACUUGAAGGCUUCUGCCCAGGCUUUUCAAGCUGAAGGAAAAGUAUCUUCGGACCCUGUCGCCAUUGAUGCUCCCGGUGGUUUUCUCUUCGAAUGGUGGUCAGUGUUUUGGGAUAUUUUUAUUGCUAGGACUAAUGAGAAACACUCGGAAGUUGCUGUAUCUUACAUUGAGAUACCAGAAUAUAUGACAUAG